GCCAUGGAGAUGACAGGUUGAGGUCACUUGCUCCUUUCUCCAGGGCAAUGGGUGACAGAGACAGCCAUGCAGGCCAAUGGAAAGGAAGACCAGGGGGAAUGUCCUGAAUCAAGUCACCAAUGGGAAGCAGUUUCGCUUUCCCUCUGUCCCUCAGGGCACGAGACGAGCCAGGCACUGGGAAACAAGGUUUGGUGCCAGAGACUUUGGUGGCUUCCAAGACUGCUUUUUCAGAGACAGGCCCAUGGACACAGCACGGAUAGCAGUUGUCGGGGCAGGUGUGGUGGGGCUCUCCACAGCUGUGUGCAUCUCCAAACUGGUGCCCCGAUGCUUCGUUACUGUCAUUUCAGACAAGUUUACUCCAGACACCACCAGUGAUGUGGCAGCUGGAAUGCUUAUUCCUCACACUUAUCCAGAAGGACUUCUUUGCUUGCCUUUCCACCAUGAUCGUAAGUUUCCUGAGGUCUCCCCAGCCAUGCUGAACCAUACACCCAUUCACAAGCAGAAGCAGUGGUUCAGAGAGACCUUUAAUCACCUCUUUGCAAUUGCCAAUUCUGCAGAAGCUGGAGAUGCUGGUGUUCAUUUGGUAUCAGGUUGGCAGAUAUUUCAGAGCACUCCUACCGAAGAAGUGCCAUUCUGGGCUGACGUGGUUCUGGGAUUUCGAAAGAUGACUGAGGCUGAGCUGAAGAAAUUCCCUCAGUAUGUGUUUGGUCAGGCUUUUACAACCCUGAAAUGUGAAUGCCCUGCCUACCUCCCGUGGUUGGAGAAAAGGAUAAAAGGAAGUGGAGGCUGGACACUCACUCGGCGAAUAGAAGACCUGUGGGAACUUCAUCCGUCCUUUGACAUCGUGGUCAACUGUUCAGGCCUUGGAAGCAGACAGCUAGCAGGAGACUCAAAGAUUUUCCCUGUAAGGGGCCAAGUGCUCCAAGUUCAGGCUCCUUGGGUGGAGCAUUUUAUCCGAGAUGGCAGUGGGCUGACAUAUAUUUAUCCUGGUACAUCCCAUGUAACCCUCGGUGGAACUAGGCAAAAAGGGGACUGGAAUCUGUCCCCGGAUGCAGAAAAUAGCAGAGAGAUUCUUUCCCGAUGCUGUGCUCUGGAGCCGUCCCUCCAUGGAGCCUGCAACAUCAGGGAGAAGGUGGGCUUGAGGCCCUACAGGCCAGGCGUGCGACUACAGACAGAGCUCCUUGCGAGAGGUGGACAGAGGCUGCCUGUAGUCCACCACUAUGGCCAUGGGAGUGGGGGCAUCUCGGUGCACUGGGGCACUGCUCUGGAGGCCGCCAGGCUGGUGAGCGAGUGUGUCCAUGCCCUCAGGACCCCCAUUCCCAAGUCAAAGCUGUAGAUGACAUAAAAUGACAGCAAAUAGACUGAGAGACUGUUGAUCAAAGCACAGAACAGGUUCAAAUAAUUUUUCCACUGCAUGAAAGUUUAACUAGACAUUUCUUUGUUUUCAACAUUAGAAGUGGUGUAACAUGUAAGCUGAGCACAGUGGCAUGCCUAUAGUCCCAGCUACUUGAGAGGCUGAGGCAGGAGGAUCGCUUGAGCCCAGGAGUUUGAGUGCGAUCUGGGUAACAUAGCCAGAUCCCACCUCUAAAAAAACCACCAACAACAAAAGAAAUGAUGCGACAUGUAGGCUUACUUAGGAAGUCUAGCAUUAAUGGCAUAGGGCAUAAAGCUCUAUUUUUUGUUAAAAAUACUUCUUAUAGAGUAAAAUUUCUUUAGAACUGAUGUCCAAGGACCUAUGCAGAUUUAUAUGAAUGUUGGAAGCUAUAGAGAUUUUGAUAUCAUUUGGCUUAUAAAUCCACAGGAGGAGAUAAUGUAUGGAAAACAUUUAAAUCACUGUCAAUUGCCGAGCUGCCUGUGAUCUUCUUAGGUUAUAGCCAAGUCAGCAACAUAAUUCCUCUAAAUAAAAUUACAUUGUGCUCACACAAUGCUGGAUUAUUAUGUUUAAUUGAAGACAAAGCAUGCUUACUCCUAGUACUAGCAGCAACCUUUUCCUCCCCUCAGCUGGUAAUGAUGGUAGGAGACAGAGAUGAAGUUGCCUAUGGAUGUCAUAUCAAUUCAAUAGCUGCCUGGGGUCAAACACCUAGGGGUUGUACAUUCCAUUACUGUAAAUGAUUGAGAGCUGGUUUGCGGUAUGGUUGGCUUUGCCUAAGCAUUUUUGAAGAUGAACAGCAUGUGUAGCCAAAGAACUCAUUUGCUAAUUAAGGUGGAACAAUCAUUCUGAAUGAAAUAUAAUCAGAGUACUCCGCAGUUUGUUAAGAAGUAUUGGGGAGGAGGGGAAUGUGUCUCACAAUAAAAUGACUUGGAAUUGUUGAGUUAAA